AUGCCAGGCCAGAAGUCCAAGAAUAAAUCUAAUAAGACAGCCGGAACCAGUAUGCCAACUGCUGGGGCAAAGGGAACCGUCGCCAUCACCGAUACCACGGCUAGCAAUACUGGUGCUGUCACCAUCAAUAAGCCGCUCGAAGGAGUGCCUGCGGCCUCUACAAACUCAGAUGCGAGUGGCAACGCUUUAAAUAAAGUUUCCGCGCGCCGGUCCAAACGAAAUCGUCACUGUUUGCUGUGUAAUGAACCGGACAACAGCAGAAUGGUCCAAUGUGACUCUUGCGACAGCUGGUAUCACUUUACGUGCGCGAAUGUUACCGAAGCAGUUGCGGAAACAGAAUGGAGCUGUCCGUCCUGUGGAACUAACAACAGCACCAAUCCUCCCCACGCUGACAAUGUUCGCUCCCCAGAGCAUCAAUCGAUCCAGCAUCAUGAACAAUCUGAGGACAUAAUAUCUGUGCUAUCCAACAAUACCAAGACCAGCUCAAGCACCUCUACUCGCAUAAGCCGAUCAAGAAGAGCGAUGAAGCUACAGUUACGCAAGCUGGCAGAAACUAAAGCAUUAGAACAGCGAUUUUUGGAAAUGAAAUUUGACAUACUUAACGAGUACAGAAGCGAGAGUGAGGAGGACGAUGUCGGAUUGAUAGUCGACAAAGUAUCACAAGUAGAGGAGUGGAUUAAGGAUACUGAUCGAAUUGGUGAUAUAAACGAGGCUCAUUUUCAGCCCACUCUGACUAAUAGACAGCAGCCGAUUAGUUCGCAGCCUGUACAGCACAUCGCUUAUGGUCAAGGGCAACCACCAAUCGGUUACAAUGGAGCAGGGACGUCCCAAGCUCCUUUCGUCGUUCGAAAUCCUCUAUCAAACCUCGGAGGACGCUCGAUGCCACACAUUGAUGUGCAACCCCCUGGUCCAGCUCCUCACAACUUGCAGUGGACACGUCCUACCGUGCUGAACCGAAGAGUGAGUGGCGUCGACAACUUCGUUCCUGAGCAGGGAUCAACACCAAAUCCUCCACGAUACCGACUCGAACCCAUGGAAAAUAACGGUGACCAUACCGUGUUUCUUCUGAACAGAAGUCAACUGGCUGCACGUCAUGCUGUUCCUAAGGAUCUACCGGAGUUCAGCGGCCAAGCCGAAGAGUGGCCACUGUUCUUGGCCAUGUUCAACUCCUCAACGCAAAUGUGCGGUUUUUCAAAUGAGGAGAAUAUGCUUCGACUGCGGAAAUGCUUGAGAGGUGAAGCCCUGAAUAGGGUGAGAUGCGAAUUGCUACACCCGUCCAACGUGACGAGCGUGAUGUCAACCCUCAAAAUGUUGUACGGCAAGCCCGAAGCGAUCAUCCAAGCGGUCAUCCAAAAGGUGAGAGAUUUGCCAGCACCCAAGGUCGAGAAGUUGGAAACUCUAGUCGAUUUCGCACUUUCUGUGAAGAAUCUCUGCGCCACAAUCCAAGCCUGUGAAAUAAGCGACUACAUGUAUAGCUCUUCCCUGCGAUACGAACUGGUAGAACGUUUACCACCUGGAUUGAAGCUGGAAUGGGCAAGAGCAACUAGAGGAAAUGUUGUACCAACAUUGCUAGAAUUUAGCACCUGGUUGUAUACCAUGGCGGAAGAUGCCAGCGCAGUGAUUGGCACGCAAAACAAUGUACCGAGGGAUGAAUCCAAAUUCCGUAGCAGGAAAGAGAACGUCCUCAACGUCCAUAUCGAUUCGGAUAAGAAGCAAGCGUACAUCCAAAACCGUGACAAACAGAACGUCUUGCAAUCAUGUAGCGUCUGCAAGGGUAACUGCUCUUCGGUAGCCAAGUGUGAGUGGUUCGCAGAGUUCAGCUAUGACUCUAGGUGGGCCACGAUCAAGGAACUCAAACUUUGCCGGAAAUGUCUUCAACGACACAACAGCUCUUGCCGGCAGAAAAGGUCAUGCGGAAUCAAUGGAUGUACUUACUUACACCAUCCUCUUCUUCACAAUAGCAAAAGACUUGAGUCGGAAGCAACAACCUCCGGUUCACUCAGUUCGUUAACCCACGGCGGGAAUCUCGAGAACAGUGUCAAUAUCCAUCAAGCAAGAACCAGCGGAGUAUUGUUUCGAUUCGUUCCCGUGGUUCUAUACGGACCGUCAAAAGAAGUUCAUACGUACGCAUUCAUCGACGACGGUUCCGAACUGACUCUACUGGAACAAGGCCUGGCUGAUGAGUUAGGAGUUUCUGGACAAAUAGCACCUUUGUGUUUAAAGUGGACUGGAGGCACAAAGAGAGUGGAGUGUGAGUCUCAGAAGGUCAGCUUGGAGAUUUCUGGUACGUCGAAUCAAUCGAGGAAGCAUGCAUUAUCGGAUGUGCGUACCGUGAACAAACUAGAACUACGGCCACAAACGAUGAUCAUAUCUGAAUUAAUUAAAAGAUACCGGCACCUAGCAGGACUUCCUAUCGAGUCGUAUCACGACACCGCCCCACGUAUACUUAUCGGUGUGGACCAUGCCAAGCUUGGUCACGUAACGAAGAGCCGCGAAGGUAAAACAAAGGAGCCUGUCGCGGUCAAGACAUGCCUAGGUUGGUGUGUUUAUGGAUACAUCGCACAAAGUUCAUCCAGCACCAGUGUCGUCAACCAUCAUAUGCUAGACAUUUGCCCCUGUAACCAAGAAAAUGGAGAGUAUUUACACAAAGCCAUGAAGGAAUACUUUUCCCUUGAUAGUAUGGGCGUGGUUAAACCUGAAAAGUUGCUCGUGUCCACAGAAGAUGAACGGGCACUGCAAAUGCUGGACACACUAACGCGUCGGAAAGGGGAUAGAUAUGAAUCAGGUCUUCUGUGGAAAUACGACAGCGUGCGCCUUCCGAACAAUAAAACUAUGGCGCUAAAGCGCUGGGAGUGCCUGGAACAUCGAAUGCAAAACGAUCCGAAGUUGGCUGAAGUCUUGAAUACGAAGAUCGCGGACUACAUCAGCAAAGGAUAUAUACGGAAGCUUACCGACGUCGAACUCACGAUCAAGCAUCCCAGAAUUUGGUAUCUACCGGUGUUUCCUGUUGUUAACCCGAAUAAGCCUACUAAGACGAGGCUGGUAUGGGAUGCCGCCGCAAAAGUUCACGGUGUUUCGCUAAACUCCGUCCUUCUUAAGGGACCCGAUUUCCUAACGUCUCUGCUAAGCGUGCUGAUACAAUUUAGAGAACACCGGAUAGCAGUUUGCGGCGAUUUGAGGGAAAUGUACCACCAAGUACUGAUGCGAGAAGAGGAUCAACAUAGCCAACGGUUCUUCUGGGGACGCGAAGAGAGUUUAGCUAAACCUACUGCCUACGUCAUGCAGGUGAUGACGUUUGGGGCUUGUUGUUCACCAAGCAUAGCCCAGUACGUGAAAAACAGACACGCCAAGUUAUACGCAAACAAGUUUCCGGCAGCCGUUCAUGCAAUAGUCAAGCAGCACUACGUCGACGAUAUGCUCAUCAGCGUAGAAACCGAAGAGGAAGCGAUUUCGAUCGUACGCGACGUUAAGAUGAUUCACCAAAAAGGCGGCUUCGAGAUGAGAAAUUGGCUGUCGAAUUCACCUACGGUGCUAACUUCGCUGAAUGAAAAGCCAGUGGCAAAAAAGAACCUAAACGUCAGCGAUGGUCUUCCCACAGAGAAAAUCCUUGGGAUGUGGUGGGAUACAGAGAAAGACUGUUUUACCUUCAAGCUCUCCACUAAAUGCCCAGAAGAUCUAUUAUCUGGCCGACGACGACCAACCAAGCGAGAAGCUCUGCGAAUACUGAUGCUGAUGUACGACCCGUGUGGAUUUAUCGCCCAUUUUCUGAUGUACCUGAAGGUUUUGCUGCAGGAUAUCUGGCGCUCUGGAAUUGGCUGGAACGAUAGUAUCGGAGAAAAUGAGUUUGAAAAGUGGCUGCUGUGGGUAAAAGUCCUGCCUAAGAUAGAGGACGUUGAAAUUCCAAGAUGCUUCCGGAAUCUGGCCUCAGUUCACGCCGAGAUACAACUACACACAUUCGUCGAUGCAAGUGAGAAUGGGUUUGCAGCCGCGGUUUAUCUACGAUUCCGUGAAGGAACCAAAAUAGAGUGUGCACUUGUGGCCGCCAAGACAAGAGUGGCUCCACUUCGUUUCCUGUCUAUUCCUCGAGCCGAACUCCAAGCAGCUGUACUCGGGGUACGACUAACAAACGCCGUUCAAAGUGCUCUGAGCCUCAAAGUGAGGCGGCGAUUCUUCUACACUGACGCCAGAGAUGCGUGUUGUUGGCUUACCUCCGACCAUAGGAGAUAUAGCCAAUUUGUUGCCUUUCGAGUCAGUGAAAUCCUGGAGAAUACGGAUGUAUCUGAAUGGCAUUGGAUAUCGACCAAACAGAAUGUAGCUGACUUAGGCACCAAAUGGAAAGGUUUCCCGGAUCUCAACCCCCAGGGCCCAUGGUUUCGUGGAUCCUCGUUUCUGUCGACAUUCGAAGAAGAGUGGCCUAUAACGUCGCAGCGGUAUGGAACAACAGAUGAAGAACUUCGCCCUCAUCUGCUUACACACAUCGUUGCACCAGAACCGUUGAUUGCGCCGGAGAAAUAUUCAAAUUGGAUGACGUUGCUACGCCGAACGGCAACGUUCACUCGACAGGCUUUCAACUGGAGAAGACUGGCAAAAAAGGAGCGACCACUCAGUGGACCACUGACCCACGAAGAAUUGAAGAAAACCGAAAAUUAUCUAUAUCGCAUAGCUCAAUGCGACGCAUUCGCCGAUGAAGUGGCUAUCCUGAAGACGAACGCCUCUGCCGUGGACAAGAAGCGCAUACCGAGAAGCAGUUCAAUCUAUCGUGUCUGCCCUACUCUGGACACUCAGAAUAUACUUCGAGUUCAAGGUAGGACAGGAGCAUGCAAGUACGUCGACGUAGAUGCCUCCAACCCAAUUAUCCUCCCCCAUCAGCACACCAUAACAAAACUCGUGGUGGCACACUUUCAUCGACAGUUCCAUCACCAAAAUCAUGAAACCGUGGUGAACGAACUUCGUCAACACUUCUACAUCCCGCGAUUGAAGGUGGUCUACCGGAGGGUGCGCAAGGAAUGCCAGCAGUGCCAUAACGACAGCAUAACCCCCAGUCCCCCACUGAUGGCUAACCUAACAGAGGCACGACUAGCUGCCUAUACUCGACCGUUUACCCACACCGGCGUGGAUUAUUUCGGGCCGAUAACGGUGUCAAUUGGUCGUCGCACGGAAAAGCGGUGGGGGGUUCUCGCCACGUGUCUCACUACCCGAGCCAUCCAUUUGCAGGUCGCAUACUCACUAUCGACAGACUCGUGCAUCAUGGCCCUGAGAAAUAUCUUCAGCCGAAGGGGAACACCUUCGGUAAUAUAUAGUGACAGAGGAACUAACUUUCAAGGUGCUGAAAAGGUGCUCGAAGACGCGAUUCGGAACAUAGAUCAAGACAGACUAAUGACCGAGUUUACCUCAAGGCACACCGAAUGGAGAUUCAACCCACCUGCGACCCCACACAUGGGUGGAGCGUGGGAGCGCCUGAUCAGGACAGUAAAACAGAACUUAAGUAAGGUGAUGGCCUCAAAGGUGGUAUCCGCCGAGGUAUUCGAGAACGCCUUAAACGAGGUGGAGAACAUCGUCAACUCUCGACCAUUGACCAACAUCCCGGUAGAUGGCGACUUCUCCCCAGUGCUUACCCCUAAUCACUUUCUUCUCCAGUCCUCCAACGGGUUGAAACCAUUCGUUCCUUUCGACGACACCUCUCGUGCUCUAAAAAAUAACUACGAAAUCUCCCAGGUCAUUGCCAACAGUUUUUGGAAACAGUGGCUCCGGGAUUACAUUCCGACAAUAACCAGAAGAUCCAAAUGGUUUACGGCAACGAAACCUAUAGAAGUAAACGACGUCGUCAUCAUAGCCGAUCCAAAGUUCCCACGAAACUGUUGGCCAAAGGGCAGAGUUAUUUCGACAAAGGUUUCCGUUGACGGACAGGUGCGAUCUGCAACAGUGCAAACCGUCAGCGGUGGAAUUUAUGAGAGACCAGCCGUGAAUACACCUCGGACGCAUCCUCAGAGCAUUCCGGGGGGGAGUGUUGAUUGCGCCACAUCGACCAACGAACCCCACGGUACCCUUUUUCGACAGCUGCCUGCUGAGCCAAACCCGGAGAUCGCAGAGAGGAUCGGCUCGAAUAGGAAGGUCAAAUAG